AUGCAAUCACAGCAACUACCUACGCCUACUCCAGCGCCGAUGCAAAAUGCUUUCGGACAAGCACCUCCAGAGAACCAGAUGUAUGGGCAAUACCAACCGCAACAACCGCAGAAUUACUUUCAAUCUCCUCAAGCUUUUUCCGCACAGCAGCCCGUACAACAAUCGACGAUUCAACAACCUCUUCAGUACUCUCAUAAUAUGACCUCUCAACAACAGCAGCAAGUCCAGCAAAUCAUCCAGAAUUUACCUCCUGAAAAGGUACAGCUGUAUCAGCAGCAAGCUCAGCAGAUGAUGAGCCCGCAGCAAGCUAUGAGUCCUUCGGCCUUCCAACAACCGCAGCAAAUACUCCCGCAGUCACAGCCCUUCCAGCAACCUCAGAGGCCGCACUACACCACCACUGCGCCUUCCGGGCUCUUCGGCCCCAAACACUCCUCUCAUAACGAUACCACAAGCCCAAAAGAUGAGCAGAAAACAGACGGCGUGAAGCGUUUCUUCGGCGACACGCUCCUUGGCCGUGUAGCCCGGUCCUCCGUCCAGACCGUCACCACCACAAUGAAGAUGCCAAAAUCAUUAUCUCCAUGGGGCGACAACAACCCCGUCACUCUCCCAAAUGUACGCUACCGCGACGCUGUCCUCUUCACGACCUUCGCAUUUGUCGGUGCGCCCAUAGUAGACGGAAUCGCGGACGGCGUGACUUCUGCAUUCGGCGUUGACAGCUUUAUUUCGGAGAUCGUGUCCUCGGGCGCUGAUACCAUUGUCGGUUCAACAGUGGUAAAGUAUGGCAUCUUCCAGAUCGUUGAGCAAGCCAUCGACCAAGGCAUCAUCGAGCACAUGCUGCCUGAAGAGGAGAAGAUGCUCGUUACGACUGGAGUAAAGAGCUUGCAAGUCGGCAUCAAGCAUAAAAUGAUGGGCGUAGAUGCAGAUUUGCGUUUCGUAGGUAUAUACCCUAGCCGCGAUCCUCAAGCCUGCGAAAAAGGAUGGUUUUGUCCGUAUAUCUUUGCGUCUGCAAGAACGCCGUCUAUACCAAGAUCCAACGACUUCGGCAUUUGUCAGUUCUUUGGCCCCUUUUUGAGUGGCGACUACCUCCUGGCUCACAAACUCCUUGCCGAAUCCGCAAACACUCUCGCGCUCUGCGAUCCGAAUCCACAAGUCGACAUCGGUACAAAUCGCCUCGUCAUCCUCUUCACAGGCAUCGCGCCCUACCGCGCAAACAUGUGGUCAACAUCACGGCGUCCAGGAUGUGGCACGAUAGUAUUCCACCUCCCGACCGGCUGCCCUGCCCUCGUCCUCCCCGUAACGUCCCGCGCUCCCAUCUGCGCCUGGUCCCCCUGGACGCUCUCCCAAAUGCGCGCCUACCAAGCCUCCAUCGACCCCGCUACGAACCCAGCGACGGGCGGCUACCAUCCAGCGUGGCAGCAUGAGCAGAUCUGCGAGUACCUCGAUACCAUCAUCAGCGUGCCGCAUUUCAAGGAGACGAUACGAGAGAAGUAUGUUGAAGUGCUGGGGAGGAUGGUCAGUGUGAUAAUCAAUGGGGCGUUGUACUUGGAUAAGUGUAGACCGGUGUUGGGGAAAUUAGAUCCAGAGAGGGCGGGAAUUGUGAUGUUUAGGUAUUGA